AUGGCCGACGAAAGCGAAACCCAAGGGACAACCCCCUCAACCGACCCCUCUCUUCAUGAGAGCACCGCCUUUAAGCCUCCACCAGGAGCAAUGCCCCCUGUGAUUAGGGGUUGGCAUGCCCGACCAGCCACCUGGCAUGUGCAAUUUACCUCUCCAGAAAGGCCAACGCCUAGUCAAACCGCCAGUCCAACUGGUCAGACUGCUGGUCAAACUGCUGGUCAAAUUCAAAUUGCCGGUCAAACUGCUAGCAAAAUCACUAGAUCUUCGCCCCUUACAACUGAAGAUGAUCUCAACCUACUGAGCAUUGCCGUUUACUUUAAAGAUCAGUUUACUACCAUGAAGGGUAAUUCUGCUCUUUAUGAGGGGAUUGCAGAAGUAUGGAGGGCGGAUACUGGGCGGAGAAUCAGUCAUCAAACGGUCCAUAAGCAUGUCACUGAUAGGCUAAAAGAGCAUUCCACUAUACUUGCUAUACCGGAAACUGACCGCCCUAAAAUGAACGAUACCGAAGCUGCUAUGUUUGCCCAUGCGAAUGAGAUAUACGAAGUGCUACAACAGAAUAUAGUAGCAGAGGAACGACGAAGGGAUCUGGCUGCUCGUGUAGUUACUAAGGCUCAGGCAUGUACCGACUCUGUGCGGGAUGAUAUAGCCGGAGUAGUGCAACGAGCAAGGGAUAAAAGACCUAGAGAUUUGGAGGGUUCUAGGGAGGGUGAAAGUGAGCGUCCAACAACCCGGCCAAGAACCCUACCUCGCUCGCCAUCGCCUUCCUCGCCAUCACUACAAACAGAAAUGGCCUUAUUUCUUAGUAUGAUGAAUAGUCGAGCAGCUAUCGAGGCCUCAACCGGGGCUAAAAAGGAAGAUAUCACUAGGCUAGAAGCUAGAAUUGAUAGCAUGGCUGCUACUGUGGAUGGGAUGAUGAUGUUGCUUAGAACCCUUACGCAGAGGCUGGCAAGGUCGAAUUAG